AUGGCCUUCCUCCUUGGAGGAUCAGUUGCUGAACUUCUUCUUCUUCUCCUAUUUACCACGGUGAAGACGUGCCAUCCCGGGUGCCAAUGUGAGGAGCAGAGUUUUGGAUUGUUCGACAGCUUCAGCCUGACCAGAGUGGACUGCAGUGGACUUGGGCCAAGCAUAAUUCCGGUUGCAAUCCCUGUAGAAACAUCUUCGCUGGAUCUUUCCUCAAAUGGCAUCCGUUCUAUCGACGGUGCUGACCUAUCUGGACCUGGAUACACCACCCUGUCUAGUCUCAACUUGAGCAACAAUCUUAUCUCCAUCACGAACGGAAGCGUUUUCUCCAAAUUGUGCUAUCUGGAGAUGCUAGAUCUGAGCUGGAACUCAAUCGAGAACCUUGUGGAAGGUUUUUCAGGCCUACCUCUCGCCAAGGUAGAUCUGAGCCACAACCGGAUUCAUGAAAUCCACCUGAAUGUAUUUCGAGUUCAGGAUCAUGGUAGGCCUCUCAGUGUGGAUCUGUCUUACAACUUACUAAAAUCUGUUAGCAGUAAACUUUCACAACCUCUUAACAUACAGAGUCUUAACUUAGCAGGAAAUGAGCUCACGUCUGUGCCAAACCUGCAGGACAUCUCUUUACGGUUCCUCACCCUGGAUGAAAACCCAAUAUCUGUCAUCGAUGAACGGAGUUUCAUUGGAUUUAAAUAUCUCCUCCAUCUUUCUCUCAGCUCAAUGCCUAACUUAUACACCAUCAAACCUCAAAGUUUACAAAAUCUUCGAAAUCUCCAGGUGCUUGACCUUUCGAAUAACAAAAGACUAAAGACAUUGAGCGCAGAGGUUUUUCAUGGACUUACAUCACUGCAAGAGCUCGAUUUGUCAAACUGCUGGCUCACGUCUUUGCCGGCCAACGUUCUCGAGCUCCUCCCGAGCAUUAAGAGCAUUGCCCUGAGGGAAGGAGUGAACUGUUGGAGGAUCCAGAAGCAGGAACAAUUUCACAGAGUCGUCGGAUGGAGUAAAGCCGAGGCAGCUCUGACCUGCGAUGUGACUGGUGUCAUUUUGUGAGAUACAAAAAAACAAAUGAGCCUUCACACAGUUUCUUCCUUGCAGUGUUGCGAAUAGUUACUUGUCUUGUUCUUGUUGAUGGGUACAUAAAGGAUUUGGUUUGGCUUUUCUGCAGGCAGAAACAAGCUUUUAUUGUUGUUUUUGUUUUUCAUAUAAGGCCCAUUAUUACUCUAUGGGUGGAGGAAUUAUCACAUGAAUCAACCCGCAUACUCAUCUAAGCCAUUUAGAAAAGUGGCAUCCACUCAGUUUAAGAUCACCUCAAACCACCUACUAGUAUAUAUGUAU